AUGAGUGUUUAUGGCUGGUCCUUUGAGCUGGACUCUUGUAACGUUUAUUUCGAGAAUGAACCUUAUGCCAUUGAGUUUAGGGUGUAUGGUCUAUUUGGGGCCUUCAAUAGUUCAGUAUCGGAGCAAGGUCCUCACGAGAAGCGCCUAUUGAACGCUUUGUUAGCGUCAUACAACACGCUGGAGCGUCCAGUUGCCAACGAGAGCGAACCUUUAGAAGUCAGGUUCGGCCUCACGUUGCAGCAAAUCAUUGACGUGGUGAGUCAGAAUCUGUUUCUUCGCCGUUGUGUUGAGGAUGGUUAA